AUGAAUGGAAAUGAAUCAAACAACACAUUCCACGGAGAGUUUCAUAUCCUGGCAUUUCACAGAUAUACCGAACACCAGCUGCUUCUUUUCAUUUGGGUAUUACUGAUGUACGUUGCCUCCAUGGUUGGCAAUGCAACUAUUAUUAUACUUGUGUGUCUGGAGGCCAAUCUCCGCACGCCAAUGUAUUUUUUCCUCUGUAACCUGUCAGCCCAAGACAUCGUUUAUGUCUCUGCCAUCCUGCCAAAGCUGUUGUACAUCACAAUAACCAGUGACACCAGCAUUUAUUUUUCCUGCUGCAUCACCCAGAUGUUUCUUUUUGCGUUCUGCGUUGGUACGGAAUUCUUCCUUCUGACUUGCAUGUCUUAUGAUAGAUAUGUAGCUAUUUGCCUUCCACUAAGCUAUACUCUUAUCAUGAAUAAGAAGGUAUGCAUCAUUUUGGCCACAUCGUCUUGGUUUCUUGGAGGAUUGAACUCAAUGAUGCAUUCUUUGAUAAUGGCUAACUUAUCCUUUUGCAAUGGUCAAGAAAUCAAUCAUGUCUUCUGUGACGUGAAAACCUUGUUGAAAAUGUCUUGCAGCGAUACCACCAACAUCCAGAUUUUAAUAAUAGUGGAAGGCAUUUUUUUUGGAUUUCUGCCAUUUCUAUUGAUUAUCACUUCCUACGUGUACAUUUUAUGUGCCAUCCUUCAGAUUCGUCAUUCAGCUGGAAGACUCAAAGUCUUUUCUAGUUGCUCAUCGCACGUUACUGUUGUGGUACUUUUUUCUCUGACUUUCCUAAGCGUAAACCUGAAACCAAAGUCUAAACACUCACAGGAACAAGACAAGAUGCUCUCCUUGCUGUACAUUGUUCUGAUUCCACUGUUAAAUCCGCUAGUGUACAGCUUAAGAAAUAAAGAUGUCUUAAAAGCUCUGAAAAAAGUAAUUGCAAGAAAUAUUCCAAAAGUAUACAUAGAAGCACAAUAA